AAUGUUUAAGUCUAUUGAAAAAGUUUCAUACGAUUACAAGCGUUGUAUUGAAAUAAUAUCAGAAGAAGAAGGGUCUAAAAAACAGUUAAAUAUAUAUGUCUAAAAUUUUAGGGUUAAAAUUAAAGAACUUGAAUCAUCUAAUGAAUAAAUUUAUGAUGAUUCUGCUCGUCAUUAGGUAUCUAUGGAGAGAGGUAAAUACUUUUUUUUAAAGAAGGUCUAUUAAAUAAGGGAAAGGGAAAUAUUGAUUAAGCCUUCAAAGAUUAUGAAUAGUCAAUUUAAAUUAAUCCAUCAUCUGCUCUUGUAUAUAAUAAUAGAGGUUAAUCACAAAAAUUAACUUUAGGUGUAUUAUAUCAUGAAUUGGGUGACAAAUAAUCAGCAUUAAACGAUUUUAGUUAAGCAAUAAUACUUAAUCCUAAAUUAUCUGUAGCUUAUUUUAACAGAGGUGAGUUAGUGUUUCUAAAUUAGGUUUAAUAUAUUAAGAAAUGGGUAAUUGUGUAGAAGCAUUGAGUGGUUAUAGUUAAGCAAUAACACAUGACUCUAAAUUUUCAUUAGCGUUCUUUAAGAGAGGUGAUAUAUUAAACUUUAGAUUAGGUGUAUUAUAUGAAGAAAUGGGAAAUAGAGAAAAUGCAUUGAGUGAUUGUAAUUAGGCAAUACUACAUGAUCCUCAACUAUCUUAAGCCUUUAUAAGGAGAGGUGAUAUGUAAACUCUAGAUUAGGUUUAUUAUAUGAAGAAAUGGGUAAUAAAGAAAAUGCAUUGAAUGAUUAUAAUUAAGCAAUACUACAUGAUCCUCAACUAUCUUAAGCCUUUCUAAGGAGAGGUGAUUUAUAAACUCUAGAUUAGGUUUAUUAUAUGAAGAAAUUGGAAAUAGAGAAAAUGCAUUGAGUGAUUAUAAUUAGGCAAUAUUACAUGAUCCUCAAUUAUCUCAAGCCUUUUUAAGGAGAGGUGAUUUAUAAACUCUAGAUUAGGUGUAUUAUAUGAAGAAAUAGGUGAUAAAGAAAAGGCAUUUAAUGAUUAUUGUUCAGCCCUACAACUUGAUCCUAAUUGUGCUCCUGUUUAAAUUAGCAAUGGUGAAUUAUAAAUGCUAAUAGUUUGCCUGUUAUCUAAAAUAAUCAGUAAUCAAGUUAAAUGA